AUGACUUCAAUAAAAUGCAUUACUCUGGAAGAAGAACUGAAGAAAAAUCCAGAAUUAAAGUUAUCGGAUAUACAGAUUCUGAGAGAAUGGUGCGAAAAACAGCCACAUUUGCCGAAAAUACAGGACGUGGAGCUCGCCAUAUUUUUAUACUGCAAUUACUAUUAUAUAGAGCGGACAAAGAACAUGAUCGAGAACUAUUACACUUACAGAACUCACGUGCCGGAACUAUUUUCCAAUCGGAACGUACUGAAAAUGAAACAAUUACGAGAUGCUUUCAAAAUCGGGACUCACUUAGUACUAGAACAUGAGGAAUAUGGCAUAAUGAUACUACGGCUAGUUGAUAUGGAUCCUUCACAUUUUGUCCACAAUGAAUUGAUAAAAGCCCAAAUUAUGUCGUACGACGAAUUUCUUUGGACUCGUGGAUUGAAGAAAAGAUAUAUGUGGAUUUUCGAUGCCAUGGGCUUCACAAUGGGACAUAUGACGCGUUGUAACCUACCAUCAUUAAAAAAAAUGAUGUACUAUAUCCAAAAUGCUGCACCAGUACGCACGUUGGAAGUACACAUAAUAAAUACAUCGUCAAUAGUCGAACAAAUAUUCAACAUGAUAAAGCCUUUCAUGAAUGAGGAAAUGAUAAAUUCGGUACACUUCCACACAUCAUUGCAAAGCAUAAAUAAAUACAUUCCAAUAGAAAUAUUGCCCGACGAAUUUGGUGGGAAAGCAGGUCCGAUAAAAGAAUUAAUGGACGCGCAUUUGAAGAGAAUCGAGAACUUUCACGAAUGGUUUCUGGAAGACGAAAAGAACCAUCGCGUGAACGAGUCACUGCGGAUCGGUAAUAACAAGACAUCUAGUGAUUUAUUCGGCGUGGAUGGUACUUUUAAACAAAUCGAUUAAGUCAAUUUUGAGAUAUGUAAGUAUCAAGUAGUGCUAAAUCAAUAACAUAGAAA